AUGUUACACCAAGCAUCGUCGAAUAGAGCUGCAUCUUCAGCUUUGCCGAAUCCAGAACAACAAGUCUCAUCGCUGAAUGCUAUCAACAGUGGCGUCGACAUUACGGCUGUUCUAUUGGCUACAGCAAGGAUUCGAGUAAAGGACAUCCAAGAAACAUUCAUUCUUUUGCGUGCAUUGGUCGAUCAAGGGUCCCAGCCGGCAUCGGGAGUCAUUCAACGAGCAGCAAGGGAGCGAUAUCUGCUCAAUGCAAAGAGAAAUGGUCGACAAGGUGUUUACUUAUCUCUUGUCGUCGUAAACCAUAUAACGGACAAGAUUCCCCAGUCCAAGACACCAUGUAAGAUAACUGAAUUGAGGCAGGAGUACUUAGCUGAUUCAUCGUAUCACAUUCCGGGGAAGAUCGACGUCCUCCUGGGUGCUGACGUUUAUGGCGAUCUAUUGGAAAAUGGCGUAAUCCUGAUAAAGAAUACCAAAGUUUUGGCUCAAAAAUCCAAAAUCGGUUGGAUCCUGUCCGGGCCUGUCAACCAAGUAACACGAACAGCAGAACCUUCCAUCAGUAUGGUUAGCAUCGAACAGCUAGAUGCUGACAUACGAAAAUUAUGGAAACAGGAAGAGUUGCCACAAGAACGAAUCCUCACCCAAGAGGAAGCAGACUGCGAAAGGCAGUUCAUCCGAACUACUAAGAGGGAUCCAACGUCAGGCCGAUACAUAGUCAGGCUGCCGAUUAAGCCUGACAUGAACCUCUCGAUCCUGCUGCAUCCGUCAUUAAAAGACGCUGUCAUACGCCUCCGCCAGACAGAGACAAAACUCGAACGGAAUCCUGAGCUCAAAGCGCAGUACAAUGCAUUCCUAAAGGAAUAUCUGGAAUUGGGACAUAUGCGCGAGGUGCCGUCCGCAGAAAUUUUUUGCAAACACUCAUACUACUUGCCACAUCAUGCUGUAGUUAGAGAGGACAGCACAACUACGAAAGUUCGCGUCGUAUUCAAUGCGUCCCAUAAAACGUCCUCCGGCACCUCGUUGAACGAUAUCCUAAUGGUGGGACCAAAUACGCAAUACACCAUCUUUGAAAUAUUGCUGCGAUGGAGGAGGCAUAAAUACGCAUUGGCUGCUGACAUUGAGAAGAUGUACCGACAGAUACUCGUGGACAGUCGAGACUGCGACUUACUGCGAAUUGUUUGGAGACCAGAACCCCAAGGUCCAAUAAAGCACUACCAGCUAAACACAGUGAAUUAUGGCACCGCCAGUGCUCCCUUCCAAGCAACACGUACACGACAACAGGUCGCUGAAGACGAGCAAUUCACGGUACCAUCAGCAAGUGAAAUCAUCAAAAAGGACUUCUAUGUAGAUGACUUACUGACCGGAUCCUCGACCAUAGAAGGUGCAGCGAAAUUGCAAAACGAUAUUGUGACCGUUCUCAAAAAAGCUGGAUUUAACAUUCGCAAAUGGUCCGCGAAUUAUGAGGAGGUUCUGAAACAUGUAAGCACCACUGACCGGGAAACGUCUGACGUAGUCAACAUCAAUCUGGAGAAUACCGUCAAGACAUUGGGUUCGCAAUGGAUUCCUAGAGACGACAUUUAA